AUGAUUGUGGUCACCGAAGUCAAUCGGUCGCCCAUCAUUGGGAUCCUGGCCUGGCUUUUGUUCGUCAUUUCGACAUUGGCAGGGCUUGCACGGCUAAUCGUUAAAUAUGUCAUCGCCCGAAGACUCACAAUGGAUGAUAUCCUGGUCUCCGUGGCAAUGGGGUUCAGUCUGCUGCAGACAAUAUGCAUCUCGAUUGCCGCCCGCAAUGGCUAUGGGCAAGAAGAAAGAGCCUCAUCUUCUGAGCAACUGGAGAAAGCGCUGAAGUCCGUCUAUGCCUCCGAAAUGUUCUACAUUGCCAGCCUGACUUUCGCCAAGCUGAGCGCUCUGGCAUUCAUCAACUUUCUCAUGCAGCGCACUCGCAAGACUGAAUGGGGACUCAUCGUCUUGAUCAGCGCAUGGGGCCUGGCGGCCGAAUUUGCUGUGGCUUUCCAAUGUCAUCUUCCGCGCCCGUGGGGUUGGAACGAGGACCAUUGUUUUGAUCGCGAUACAUGGUGGAUGGUUUUUGGGGCUAUCGACAUUCUCAGUGAGAGCGCAUUGAUUGUUGUUCCUACCAUGAUAGUUCUCGGAAUCCAGAUGGCCGUUGCGAGGAAAGCAGUUGUCAUUGGCUGCUUCCUCACUCGCCUUCUGAACAUAUCUGCAAUUAUUCUUGAACUGGUGUAUCGCCAACGCAACCGAGGGGCUGCCGAUCCCAUGCUAGCCAUCUGGGAGGCUGCUGUCUGCGCGCAGGUGGUGCAGUGCCUGGGCAUUAUUGUCGCUUGCGUUCCUCACCUGAAGCCAUUCAUGGAUGGACUGCAGUCCACUGGCCUCCGAAUGUACUACCUCCCAGGCGAGACGUCUCGACGGGGGGAGUAUGGAUACGAUAGUAAGGGGGCAACGACCGGGCACGAGCUCAGCGGGCUCCCUAACGUGGUCAACAGUACGACUGUCUUCGCCGGCGAGCGACAAUCGGAUUGGGAUGACACCCUGAGCCAGAACAGCCAGAGCCACAUCAUUCGCGAAACGAGGACUUGGGUCGUAGAGGAGCAGUAUGAUCCGGACGCUGCAGUUAGUCGAAUAGACAACGACUCCAAUGGCAGCCACGGGCUGCACGAAUCGACAAGCCACUAG